GUCGGUGACCAACUCUCUCUUCGAGUGCUUGGACUCCAUGGUCGAGACGUGACCCUCCGCGAAGUGCACCCGGAGGAGGAUGAUCCUUUGCACUGUCAGGAUCUGCUGGGCCUCGGCGAGAUCUGGACGGUUAGUCGUCGCAGCAAAGACGACGCAGUGCCAGCGCCCGGGUGGCCCCCGUGGGAGGCAGAGGCCCAACGAGCACCGCCGACACCUUGGUACCAGGCACCGCUGGUCCUGGAAUCGAGGACAGGGAAGGUCCUCAUUCAUGAGGCGCUCAAGCCCGGCACACGCAUGCAGGUGGUGGACAUCGCUUCGUGGCAGGAGGAGCUUCGCGCCGUGGUGGCGGAGCUUGGAAGAUCCGGGCCGACUGAUCGCGUGUUCCCGGGGGCGGUGCUGGUUGGCCGAGUGUCAUCCGUCAACACGGCCCACGGAGUCCUCGUGGAUUUGGCAGAAGACUGCGAUUGCUGGAUUCCGAAGUCAUCCUUGCUGCUGCCUUUGGAAAGCUACAAAGUGGGUCAGGCGCUCCCAGUGCGCAUCAAGCACGUGAGCAUUUCCAAGGGGCGUGCUGCAGUUCUCGCUCGACCGCUGCAAUCCGCCGAGAUGUCCGAAGAGGCCCGGAGCUUUCUGGCAGCCGCUCCGGCCCUCGGAGAUGACGUACCGGACUUGCUCCCCCUUCCGCGCAUCGGCACCUACACUCUGGGCCAAGUCCAGCAAGGGGAGCCCCUGCGCCUCUCCUUGAUGCAUCCACCUGGAGCUCGCGCCCACCUCCCGCUGUCUGGUCCAACCUCUCCUUCAGUUGGUUCAUGGGUCCGGGGGUUUGUCCGAGGGGUCGAUAUCGCGGCCGACGGCAGUGCGGUGACUCUACUGGCGCCUACGGCAUCCGUCGCAGAAUCGUU